AUAAAGCUAAGCCGUCAAAGGUGGACUCGGAUGUGAUUCUUGACCCGAUGACAGAUCCACGAACGAGCGGGUUGUACAUUCUUUACGAAGAACGUGUUCCUCUAGAUUACCAACUGGCGAUAGCCGAUCCGAAACAAAAGAAAUCAUUCACCUCAUCCUUCUUCUUCCCCAAAUCGAAAAAACGCGCCCCCCUACCCCAUCGUCUCUAACCCGUCCCACCUCUGGGAACGGUUCCGGCUCUACUCCAAAACCAGGUGACGCUGUAGCUCGGAGCUGGCAAGACAGCGAUUUCGAGCGUAUGCUCCUCCACCGCCAAGGGACCAAAAAAGUCAGUCUCAGUAAGAGCCGGAACGAUCAACCACAUAGUACCGUGUGGCAUUUGUUCGCCGAUCCAGAUCCGUACCCUGUUUUCCCCCUUCCCUCUAGGUCUCAAACCGCAGCAGGGGGUUCACCGAUGAAGUCACCAUCAAAAAUGAGAGGAAGUGGGGAGAGGGAAAUUUUCUUUUCGGCUGGCGUAAUGAGUUUUGGGAGGGUGAAGAGUUUUGAAAAGGCUAAUAGUAGCCAGCGUCAGAAUCGAAACCAGAAAUUAUUUCCUGGGAAUAGUUGUGGCGGUAGCAACGCUAUCCCAACGGAAAGUUCCGGUUUUCUAUUGAAAAGUUCUAGUAAAAAGAAGGAAAAGGAGAAGGAGAAGAAGAGGCAGAAAGAGCAGGAUGUGGAGUUUGAGCUGCAUAGUGCGAGCGGGAUAAGUAAUGCCGAAACAAAUCCGAGGGAUGGUCAGGAUCUAGGUGGAGUAGCUGGUGGGAGUGGGAGUGGGAAGGGGAAACGGCAGGAAGAAAAGUGGAUGGAUAUCUUGGUUGCGGAUAAACGAAGGAUGUCGGAACAGGAUGCGCCCCCUCAUGUACUGGAAAGUAAACAAACUGCGUUGCGUCCUAAUGUCAUUGCCAACGCCAAUACCGACGUCAAUAAUCACGGAGCGGCUUCGUAUGUUUUCGCUCCUGCUCUGGAGCCUCAUGCCGUUCCUUCGCGACCUAUAUCUUACGAAAAUCACCAACCCAUAUCUGAACCUCAGUUUCAGGGUCACACCCAACCGCCCAUACCAACACCAACAUCGACGUCCACAUCUCCGCCACAAUCAACAUCAGUAAUAACUUCGACAUCGUCAAAUUCUUCACUCCUGCUCUCAGAAGAGGAUGGAACACCUACUCCACGAGCUAGCUACAGACUUUCCGCGAGUCAACGAUCUAUAAGACUCAAAUCCGUGCCUUCUGUUGUUGACACCGAUCAAUCUUAUCUCGAGGAACGAAGAGGAGGGGUAGGAUCUCUUGAGCGGGAAGGGGUCGACUUGAGUCCUAGCUCGGCAUACGUUACAGCUCCGACAACUACCACCGAGGAGCUGUCCACCGAUGUCUCUCCAAACAAAUUCCCUGUACCAGCCGGACACGAGCACGGACAGUAUCCGCCCCCAGGGCCAGAAAAAAAUGGCCCAUCAUCCUUUGACAUCCCCCUCCAAAUCCGUGCACCUACACCACGGAGGGAGAGGGAUACGAUUCACGGAAUUGUGGCGCAGUAUGCCGAGAGCCACAGCGAUAUCGUUAAUGAAGGAACAGUAAGUCAAGGUAGUCGAGGGACGUAUGAUACCCACCUGGAUGAGACGAAACGUGUGGACUCAGCCAGACCGAGUUUUUAUGGAGGGACGAUGGAUAACGAGGCAGGACAGUAUAAUGGUUUCCUCGGAGAGCGCGAUGGAGAUGGGGAUCGCGAGACAGACAGGGACGGAGAGACCGAAACCGAGGGGGAAGGGGAAGGUGACGAAGUCCUAAGGCCACCGGCGCCAGAGAUGAUAUUUGACCUCACCCCCGGGAGAGAACCUUCACCUGCGAGGUAUAAGCAUGGGGAGCCUUUACAUUUUGUUGGGGAAGAGCCAGAGGAAGAGGAACCGUAUUGAUCAAUCUUAUUGGCGAAGUCGGGAGAGGGAUGUAACCAUAACCAUGGCUGCGGGAGUCAGGAUGUGUGCUUGGAUGAAUGGGAUGAGAGGGAGAAUGUUAAUCUAUGUACACAGUACGUAGUAGUUGGUAUUAUUAUGGGCUUGUAUAGAGACUCUUGAAUCUUCGUUGGGACUUUCGGGGACUGACAAAGUGCGUCACCGCCAGGGAAUGGGAUUCCAGUAUUCGGAAUGCACUCCCGUUCAUAUCGACUCGUUCCAUUUCCUCAAAGAUACAGCCUCCUCUUGAUCUCCUUGCUUCAUCAAUGCAUAGGCCAUGCAUCCCGUGUAUUCCAUGUAGAUGUAUAGAAGCGAAAAGCAUGCAUAUGGAU